AUGGCCGCCCCGCCCGCCAGGUUCCGCCUGCCGCACUUCGGCCCGCGCAAGACCGCCGUUCCGAAGCGGCCACUCAAGCAGGCCGAGCUGCCCGCAGAGACCGCCGAGCUGCUCGGGCAGAUCCAGACGAUCAUCCAGAACAGACCCCGGCUGUUCCAGACCACCCCACUCAGCCGGCCCAGACACUGGUGGCGGCUGCCCGCGCACCGACGGCCGACCCGGUGGUCCCUCUAUCGCCAUCUGCUCAGACACGCCGCCUGGCUCGACCACCAGCUCAGAACACCCUCCGUCCCCCAGCACCCACGCCCUGCCGCCUUCGCAUCCACCCCCGUCCUGGCCAACCAGAUCCGAUCGCAGUUCAAGCAGCACAGAACCCUCAGGACCAUCCCGCAUACCCAGGAAUUACUGAGACAGGCAUAUCUGCUGUUGACCAAACUCGUCGACGCCAAAGCUGGCGACCUCGACCAGCUCGACCAGCUCAAAUCGUACCGGGAUGAGUUGAUAGAAGCCAGACAUCGGAAGAUUUGGGGCAAGACCUACAAGGCCCACCUCAAUGCGCAAAAACCUCGCACGCCGAUCAUGACUGGGCGGUUCCUAAGACCCUCAGUUCUCAAUGGUCCACUCCCGCGACUAGCCCAUCAACCAUUGCAUAUUAGCAUGAUGAUGAACUCUCGUCGCAAGAAACGCGAACGCAGGGUUGCCGAGCAUCGCCAUUUGAAGGAUAAAUUGGAUACCGUCCGUCAGGAGCAUCAGUUCGAUUCGGCGCUUGGCCACGACCAGUCGGAAGCUAUCGAGCAGGAACACAACAGAGAAGUCAAAGGUAUAUUGGACCGGUUAAACGACAUCAGUCGCAGUUUUACACUCGACAAAGAGCGAGAGAAGAAAGUGUACAGUCGGGAGUUGUUAGACAAGAUCGAAGCGGCCAGGCGGAGACGGCCGCGAGUGAUGGAGCAGCGCAACCGAUGGAAACGGAUCAAGACCAGGAUGGCCGAGCUGGAGGAUGUGGUGGAGGACGACCCGGAAGGCGGGCGGGAAACUGCCGAGGGCAAACGCUUCCGGAUCCCCGAGCCUUCCUUCUGGCGGAAAUGA